AUGUCCGCCGCCGUCACCGCAAGCAACGCAGCUACCGCUGCUAACGGCGUUUCCUCCGCAGCAUCAUCCUCCGCCGUUGCUGCCGGUAGCAAUGCUUCCAAGCCGGCCGUCCAGCCUUCGGAAGUAGGCUGGCUCUUCGUCACCCAGUACUACACCUUCCUCAACCAGAACCCCGGCCGCCUCCACUGCUUCUUCACCAAGAAGUCCACCAUGGUCCACGGAACCGAGCAGGAAGAGUCCUCUCCUUGCUUCGGUCAGCAGCAGAUCCACGACAAGAUCACCUCGCUCAACUUCCAGGACGCAAAGGUCUUUGUCUCCAACGUCGACACUCAGAGCUCCGCUAGCGGUGGCAUUCUCGUUCAGGUGCUUGGUGAGCUCAGCAACAACGGCGGUGCCUGGAGGAAGUUCGCUCAGACCUUUUUCCUUGCUGAGCAGCCCAACGGCUACUACGUUCUCAACGACAUCUUCCGAUACCUCAAGGACGAUGACGAGAUUGAGGCUGAGGCUGAGGCUGAGGCUGUCGACGAGGCGAUCCAGGACGAGAUCGACGAGGCGGACAAGAAGGGUGUCGAGGUGCCCCACACCAUCGAGAUCAACAACAUUGGCAACUCCAACGCUCGCCCCAACCUUCUCCCUCCCUCGUCUUCCUCCUCCAAAGCCAUCGAGUCCACCGAGACCGCCACUGCCGACGAUGCUGCUGCCGCCGAUGCUCAGGACGACUCUGCCCAGAUCACCGAGGUGCCUGCUGCCGACGAGGCCGUCACCACUUCCACCGAGGCUGUGCCCACCAAGACUGAUGCUGUUGAAGAAGCUCCUGCGGCUGCUACCGAGGGCGGCGCCGCGAAGGACGCUGCCGCUGCUGCCAAGACCGAGACGGCUCCCGAGGCCGCCGCUUCUGCUCCCGCCGCCGCUGCUCCCGCUCCCGCUCAGCCCACUGGCCCACCCAAGCCCAAGACCUGGGCCACAUUGGCUGCUUCAGACGCUACUCGAUGGGGCUCCAACGUCUCCACCGAGGCCAAGGGUGUCUCGUCUUCGCGUGCCGCUGCUGCCAGUGCUGCUCCCGCCAAGCCCGCCUCGACGCCCAAGUCCGCCGCUGCUCCUGCCGGUGCGGCUGCUACUGGCGCUGGUGCAGGUGCCAGCUCGUCGCCCUCGGUCUACAUCAAGAACGUCGUUGCCGAUCAGGUCAACGAAUCCGCUCUCCGCCAGGCUCUCGAGGCUUUCGGUACCGUCAAAGACGUCCAGAUCAUCGCCGCUCGCUCGUGCGCUUUCGCUGAAUUCACCAGCGUCGACGGUGCCCGCAAGGCUGCUGCCAAGGGAAGCGUCGCUGUUGGCAAGAACGGCUGGAGUGUCACGAUCGAGGAGCGUCGCAAGAACGUUGCUGGCGGUGCCGGUGGACGUGCUCCUGCUGGCGGCGCUGGCCGUGGUGGUGCCGCUGGAGGCAACGGCAGGACCGGUGGUGCUCCUCGUGGCGGUGCUGCUGCUGGUGGUCGCGCUAACGGUGGUCGUGGUGGUGCUGCUCGCGGUGGUGCCAACUAA